GCCCAUACUGGCGAAAGCAAAGCACGUCCAGGAGGCUCCUUGUAUGGAAGACCUCUCAGGUGCAUAGAAGUGUGUUGGAGGUGCAUCCUCUUUAGGAUGUUUUCCCAUUAUAUUUAUUUCUUUUAUUUAUUUAUGAGGGUCAGUGUGAUGGUUGGAGAUGUUUACCAAGAACUUAUGAGCAGCUAAAUGUAACAGAUCUAAACUGCAUAGAUAAAAAAAUCGGAUAUCUGUAAUUUACAUCGAGGUCCGGAAACUUUCAGACAUUUCGUUUUGGGAAUAUUCUGGUGGACCUUCUGGUGCAGUGUGUGAUAUCAGAUCUUGCUGGUUUGAAAUUCAGUGGAUAAUGACUAAAUAAUAGUGUCCUAUCUGUAGAUAUUUUUCUCCAGGAAGUUUCAAGUUUCAAAUCUCUCAGUAACUCACAGAACUGGGUUGGACCAUGGUGGUCUGAUAAAAGGUCAUCAACCUUAUGUAGGAUUGAAUUUGAUUGUUUUUCAGGACUUUGUUAUCUAUAAUUUACAGUCAGAUUUCAUCUACUCAGCCUUUACUAUGGAUUCCUGCUUUGUCAUUUGUCUGGUAUGAAGUUUUAAGGCGGAGUUACAGACAUAGGGGCGGAGUUCAAACGGUGCAUGUGGGAGGACAAAACAUGCAAAACAAAAAAAAAGUCGCAUCAUUCUGGCAACCCGGUCAAUCAAAUUUUUUAUUGUCAGAAAGCAGCAGAACGAAAAGGCAGCAGAGCUCAGAGACCAGGAGAACGCACACGAGAACAUCAUCUUCAUCAUCACCACGAAAACACCAUCACUGGAAUGUCACGGCUCUUCUUGAAAAGUAAACAUGGAUCAAACGACACGUGACGUCAUUCUGAUGGUUUUAUGACGUUCUAACCUGGUGGAACUUUUAAUGCGUAUCCGAUCUGCUUCUUUUUGGGAGUUUUUUUUUCUUUCUCCGGUUUCAUUGUUGGAUAUUUUGCGCUUUUGAAUUGUGUGUAAACAAACAAACAAACAACCAACAAAUAUAUUUACAGGUUCGGAGUGGACGUUAUGCCCGGUGAGAACGAGACCAAUUCAUGUCGGGAAACGCGGACGGUGGAGAAUACCGCGAGCCCGGCGAUAAGCGCGGUCAUGUUCGCGGUGGGCGUGCUGGGCAACGUGGUGGCGCUUCUGCUGAUCGAGUUGCGGCGCCGAAAGGAGCGCCGGCGCCGCCAGCGCGAGCACCAGCAGCGCACCUUGUUCCACGUGCUCGUCACCGCGCUCGUGGUCACCGACCUGGCGGGCACGUGCCUGUCCAGCCCGCUGGUGCAAACGGCGUACGCGCUCAACACCACGCUGAUCGCACUGGGCGAGAAACGCAGCGCGUGCGACUACUUCGGCUUCGCCAUGACCUUCUUCAGCCUGGCGACGCUCGCGCUGCUCCUCGCCAUGGCGUUCGAGCGCUGCCUCUCCAUCGGCUUCCCGUACCUGUACGAGCGGCGCGUGAGCGCGCGCCUCGGCUACGUCGCCAUCCCCUGCGUGUACGCGCUGUGCGCGCUUUUCUGCUGCAUGCCCUUCAUGAAGUUCGGCAGGUACGUGCAGUACUGCCCGGGCACCUGGUGCUUCAUCGACAUGAAACCCAAAAAGAGCGGGGACCGCGUGUUCGCCAACGUCUACGCCACCGUUAUGCUGCUCAUGGUGCUCGCCGUGGCCGCGUGCAACUGUUUUGUCGCCUAUCACCUCGUGCUCAUGUACCGAAGGCGCUCCGUGAGCCGCGGCGGGUCCUCGGUCACGCGCAGCCGGAAGGACCGCAGACCUUUUUCUCUCUCGGAGGAAGUGGAGUAUCUCAUCAUGUUAGUCGUCAUGACGGUUGUAUUUGUCACAUGCAGCCUGCCCUUAAUGAUCCGAGUGUACAUUAACUCGACGCUGGAAGGCGACGGGAGCAAGAUGGACCUUAUCGUGCUGCGCUUCAUCUCCAUCAACCCUAUCAUUGACCCGUGUGUGUUUAUCAUUCUCAGCCCCUCAAGGAUACGUUUCCUCUUGGGGGCGCUGUGCAAAGCCGGAAACAGGAACUCGAUUUACAGAACUUCACUGGCCAAAAACUCAGAAGGGCAGCAGGACCAGUGCCAGAACAUCACUGUUACCACAGAGAUUUCACGCCUCAGCAAAUCGGCUCAAAUGAUCUGACAAAGGAUUGUAUGUGAAACUGAAAAAAAAAUAUAUACAUAGAUAUAUGAAUGUAUAAGCCAUAGGAAGCUUCCUUCGUAUUGGGAUUCCCGGAUGCCGAAACUUCAACAACAAUUCGGAUUGGAGGAUUUGAGUUUAGAAGCUAAAUUUGAAUCCCCAACAGUCAAAGAGAGACACGGUCGCUAUGGUAACCAAACUUUGGAGGGGUUGUAGCUGUUGUUGUAGUUGUUGUUGUGUUAUUUGAAACCACUAAAUGUUUUUAUUGAAGACUGAAAUUGUUCAGCUCUUUAAAAGAGGAAAAACAAACGACAUAUGACCGACAGCAUGAAGUAUGUUCUAGAUGUAUUUUGAAGGCAUUUCAUGUCACAUGACCACCAGAAUAACGUUCCACGUGUCCUGUAUGGUGUGCUACUGCUGGGAAACCAUCCUGGAUGGACAAAUGGACUUUCCACAAAGGUGAUGUGUGUGUGUGUGUGUGUGUGUGUGUGUGUGUGUGUGUGUGUGUGUGUGUACAUCACCCGUAUGUUGUGCUUAAUGGCAAAUUUAGUGGAACACAUGGUAGUGUCACAAUGUGCGUCUAGAUUUUUGUGGGGAAGAUCAGUAAUGUCCAGACGGAUCGUCAGGACAUAAAACGGUUUAAUUGCAGUGACACUACGUCACACACUCUCAUCUGUCAUUAAGCUCUCAUUUUACUUGUGAAUGUCAUUUAUUUAACUUGUUCAUACCACAUAUACAGUAUAUGGACAAAAAGUUUGUGGACAACUGAAAAUAAGAUUUAUAUUGGGCUUUUUGAACAUCCCAUACCACAUUUAGUCCCAUUUUGCUGUUAAAAAUGGCCUCUAUGUCUCUGGGAGGAUGUUCCACUAGACCAUGGAGUGUGUUUGUGGAGAUUUAUGCUCAAGGUGUGCAAUAGGGUUGAGGUCAGAACUCUAUAGUAGGCCACACAAUGUAUGGUUUUUCAUUUUUAUGUCAAAUGUAUGACGUGUCUGUAUAAAUCCAUGUGUGUUUUCAGGAAGCUGAUAUAUGGGUUCAAAAAGUGUACCUCGUUUCAUGUAGUACUGAGAUUGCAUUUGCACUGAGCUGUGAAAGAAAAAAAUAAUAAUGUCAAGCUUGUGUGGUGUUUUUUUUUGUGAUUGUGCUAUUUAAUACUAUGUAUGAAAGCAUUGUUGUGAAACUAUGGGUCAGGUUCAUUUGACUUUUGGCAGCAGCAUUUAGAAGAGUCACAAGGCAGAAAAAAUACAUUUGAUAUUACUUUGGAAGUGUAAUAUUGUGUAAUUUUAGUUUUACUUCCAGGUCCACCACAAACAACACCCUCUCUCGCUGAAACUGAACAUCUGUUGAUGCUGGAGGUUUUGCAAAACAAUUCUAUUUAUUUAUUUUUUUCAUCCAUGAUUCAUCCUUCUGAGGGAAAAAAAAAAAAACAGUUGAAAUGUGUCAUAUGUGAUUUUGCUGUUUUUGUCAACAUAUUCAGGACCAAAUUGUCUGCCUUUCCUGCAAAACAAAAGUCAACGGAAUGAGUGUAUCCAGAGGUAGAAGAGUGCAAUUUUACUUCAGAGGAGAAUAAACAAAUAAUAAACUAUUGUCAAAAGUCGAA